AUGGAGUUGCUAUUCCACGCAGCAAGCAAAAGUGAUGCAACAGCGCGUAUGGAGCUGCUGAGCAAAGGAGGAGAGCUCAUCAACUUCGUUUGGCUAGCAAUGGCUCACCUCGGCCUUGGAGAUGAGUCGAGUUCAUCAGCAAAAGAGACAUCAAAGGUUAAAAUGGUUGUAAAGAUAAGGAAAUUGAUUACUUUGUGCACAAUCAGAGCUAACUGA